AGGUCCCGCGCGGCCCCGGGUGAGGCCUGACCGCGCGCCCGCCGGCACCAUGGGAAGGAGCGGGCACCGAUGCUGCUGCCCCCCGCCGGCGCGCGCACGACUUGAGCCCCGCCGCAGGCAGCCCCCGGCCGCAGGUCCCCGAGUGACUCUGGCGGCGCCUGCGAGCGUGGCGCGGGCCCGGGGCCACGUAGAGGAGCCCAGUGUCUAGUGAAGCAGACGAGGACCCAACGCUCGCGCCGCAGCCAUGGUUAUGUCCCAGGGCACCUACACGUUCCUAACGUGCUUCGCUGGUUUCUGGCUUAUCUGGGGGCUCAUCGUCCUACUGUGCUGCUUCUGCAGCUUCCUGCGCCGCCGCCUCAAACGGCGCCAGGAGGAGCGACUGCGUGAGCAGAACCUGCGCGCCCUCGAGCUGGAGCCCCUCGAGCUCGAGGGCAGCCUGGCGGGGAGCCCUCCGGGCCUAGCGCCGCCGCAACCACAGCACCGCAGCCACCUAGAAGCGCCGGCGCAUGCGCACCAGCACCUGCAUAUACACCCGCUACUGCAUCAUGGGCCUGCGCAGCCACACGCACAUCCGCACGCACACCACCACGCGCUGCCGCACCCGCCGCCGCCGCCGCCGCCGCCGCACCUCUCUGUGCCGCCCCGUCCUUGGAGCUACCCGCGCCAAGCGGAAUCGGACAUGUCCAAGCCUCCGUGCUACGAAGAGGCGGUGCUGAUGGCCGAGCCGCCGCCGCCCUACAGCGAGGUGCUCACGGACACGCGCGGCCUCUAUCGCAAGAUAGUCACGCCCUUUCUGAGCCGCCGAGACAGCGCGGAGAAACAGGAGCAGCCGCCGCCCAGUUACAAGCCGCUCUUCCUGGACCGAGGCUACACGUCGGCGCUGCACCUGCCUAGCGCCCCGCGACCCGCGGCGCCCUGCCCUGCACUCUGCCUGCAGGCGGACCGCGGCCGCCGGGUCUUCCCCAGCUGGACCGACUCGGAACUCAGCAGUCGCGAGCCGCUGGAGCACGGAGCUUGGCGCCUGCCGGUCUCCAUCCCUUUGUUCGGGAGGACUACAGCCGUAUAGAUGGGCGCCCGGCGACCCGAGCCCCGACAGUGGACUCCUGGCCUGACUGCGGGGCUUUUUAAAUGUUUCCCUUGGACUGCGGGGGGUGGGAGGGAUUUCUUACCCCGUUUGUUACAUUUUGAGUAUAAUAAAGGUGUGUGAUCUGGUUUGAUACAA